UUUUGUUUUUUAAAUGUAAUUCAUUGCUGCUUGGGUUUGCUCAUGACUCUUUCCCUUUGUCCAAUCUCCUCUCCGUGGCUGUGGCUAUUGCUUAUUUGUGUUUUAGGCGUUUGUCUGGAGUCUGGAUUUCCUUUUCCUUUCCGUCAACCAGAGUAUUGAUUCGGCCGCCGCACCGUUCUGUUUCUCGAAUGUGCCCCUUUUCGGCGCUAACGAACGGAAACGGGGGAGGCAACUGCAUCUCUUUCUUUUUCUUAAUUUUUUUUUAAAAAAUUAAUGCGACGACUAAAUUGGGUGGCAAACAUAUGGCCUGCUCGGGUUCUUCUUUUGUUUUGUGCGUGUUCUGUAGAUAAUGGCAGGUCGAGUUACAAGAUCAAGAAGACUACCACCUCAGCAGCAGGAACAGCAGUCAAGGGCUAGGUGGACCACAUCGCUCACUAAGAUACUUGUAGACCUGAUGGUUGACCAAGUACAUAAAGGGAAUAAACAGAGCAACUCUUUUAACAAGAAGGCAUGGAAAUAUAUCUGUGAUGAAUUUUACAGCAAGACAGGUCUGAAAUGGGAUAAGGAACAACUCAAAAAUCGUUAUUCAGUAUUGAGGAAGCAGUAUACAACUGUAAAGUCCAUUCUCGAACGAAGUGAUUUUAAUUGGGAUGAAGCCACAGGAUCUAUUAUUGCCGAGGAGGAAGUUUGGGCUGAAUACAUCAAGGAACAUCCUGAUGCGGAGACAAUAAAAGGUAGCGGCUGCUCAAUCUACAAAGACCUAUGUACAAUAUUUUCUGAGCCAGCAACCAAUGGCAGGCAUGAAUCCGUAGCCGCAUCUGAGGGUGAUGGUACUUCUAGGCCUUGUCCAGAGCCUAUCAGCACGCAGCGAGAGGAGUCCUCUUCGGGAUCUGAGGAUGAUGAAGAUGAUGAUGAUCCUGAAGCCAUCCUACCUUCUACACCCAUUGCAACAUGUAACCGCAAAAGAGGACGUAAAGGAAUCGACGAUGCCAUUGCGGGAGCCAUACUGGAGAUGGCAGCCGCUUCAAAAAUGAGAGAAGCUGCGAUAGAGCAGUAUAAUGCUAGAUAUAGCAUGGCUGACUGUAUAAAGGAAUUAGAUGUGAUGCAGGGUGUUGAACGACCACUGUAUUUUGCCGCUCUAAAUCUGUUCAAUAAACCUAACGCGAGGGAGAUUUUCUUGUCUCUUAAAAGGGACAAACGUAUAACUUGGUUGCGGGGCAAGUGUGCUGUUGCAUCCAGUAGCAGCGCGGCUUGAAAUAAUUUUUUAAAAAAAAUUUGUGUUUUUUUUUUGGUGGGGGGGGGGGGGAUAGUAUGAUGUUUGCUCACACUCAGUUUUGUAAGAUUUACUAGUUGAAUAGUUGAUGAUGUCAUAUCGCAAUGCUUUUGUUGCUGAUAA